GAGGACAAAAACGAGAGAAGAAAAAUGUCCCUUACUUUAUCUUUACCAUCUAUCAUUCAUUGUUUAGUAGUGUCACACAUUAUUUUGAAACAGGUUAGGAACACUACAAAGGGAAAAAAAAGAAAAACCAGAACGAAAAUUUGCCUGUGACUUAUGUAGUGUUGGAAAUACUGCCAACACUCAGGGCAAAAGUUAAUAUCAAAACUGAAACAAAGCCGUGUUUUGUGAAGCGGUUUAGUAACAGGACAUUGGGAGAAAGCACGUUAGCUCACUUCAUAGUAAAACAGGUCCUGCAAGGCCAGGUAACUCAGGAAGAGAGUGGUAAUUAUUCACAGAAGAAAGCCGGUAGUGUACUGUUACAAUACUACUGUAGCAAGUCAGAAGGUCACUAGGCUUCCAGGGUAGCUGACACAGCCCGAAACUGCUUGGCCCCCUUUAAAAAGAAAGAAUAAGAUGGGAGAGAAUGAAGCUGGCUUACCUAACAUGUCUUUGCAAGGUAAAAAGAUGGCUUAUCAGAAGGUGAAGGCAGAUCUAAGAAGCUCAGGACAUUCACAGUACUUAGACAAUGACGAACUUCAAGCCACUGCCCUUGAUUUAGAGUGGGAUAUGGAGAAGGAACUGGAAGAGCCAGGCUUUGACCAGUUUCAACCAGAUAGUGCUGAGCAUCAGAACUUGGGGCACUCUGAGACUUUGGACCUCCAUCUUGAUUCCAUUCAACCAGCAACGUCACCCAAAGGAAGAUUCCAGAGACUUCAAGAAGAGUCUGACUGUGUGACCCACUACACAAGAUCUGCACCAAAGAACAACCACUGCAGCUUCUGCUACAUGUUAAAAAUACUGUGCAUAGCUACUACUCUAUUUAUUUUUGGAAUUAUAAUAGGUUAUUAUGCACACAUGAAUUGUCCAUCUGAUGCCUCACCAUCAGGAACAAAUAACCCUCAGUUAUACCAAGAUAUUCUGAAGACAAUCAAAGCAGAAGAUAUAAAGAAAUCCUUCAGAAAUUGGCUACAACUCUAUGACAGCAAGGAUGACAUGGAAAUUGCAAAGAAGAUUAAGAGUCACUGGAUUGCAUUGGGCUUGGAAGAUACACAGUUUAUAAACUAUUCUGUGCUGCUGGAUUUUCCCGGGUCCUCUCCAGGCACCAUCACUCUGAGCAGCACUGGCCAGUGCUUUUAUCCUGAUGGCCAACCUUGCAGGGAAGAAGCCAGAGGAGGCCACAGCCAAGAUCUGUUCUUCUCAUAUGCAGCCUAUUCUGCCAAAGGAACUCUCCAGGGUGAUGUCAUCGAUGUGAGUUAUGGAACUAUGGAUGAUUUAAAACGGAUUACAAAGUUGAGAAAUACUACAAAUCAAAUUGCACUCCUGAAAUUAGGAAAAUUACCACUACUGUAUAAGAUUUCCUUAUUGGAAAAGGCUGGGUUUGGAGGUGCUCUUCUCUACAUUGAUCCCUGUGAUGCACCAGAGUCUUCAGUCCUUAGCUCUGAGCCUUUUAUGGUGACUCUGAAUCCAGGAGGAGACCCCUCUACACCUGGAUACCCCAGUCAUGAUGGAAGCUUUAGAAAAAGCCGACCAAACCUCACCUCCCUGUUAGUGCAGCCUAUCUCGCCAUCCCUCGUUAAAAUGCUCAUCUCUUUGCCAAAACUGAAAAUGGAUAAAGAUGCCUGCAGUCCUCUAGAACUUCCACAUAAUGAAAAGAGAACUGUCAGUUUGCAGGUACAGACAGUCACACAGUUUAAAACAGUGUCUAAUGUUGUUGGAUACCUAAGAGGCUUGACAUCACCAGACCGGUAUAUUAUAGUUGGCAGCAACCACCAUGCUGGAUACAGUUAUAAAGGUCAAGAAUGGGCCAGCAGUACUGCAGUAAUCACAGCAUUUAUUGAAGCUAUGAUGUUAAGAGUGAAGAAAGGAUGGAGACCAGAACGCACUAUUGUUUUCUGCUCAUGGGGAGGAACACCCUGGGGCAAAAUUGGCUCCUAUGAAUGGGGAGAGGAUUUUGUGAAGAUUCUACAAAAAAAUGCUGUGGCUUACCUUAGCCUUCAUAACCCCAUCCGGGGCAACUCCAGUCUGUAUCCAGUAGCGUCUCCAUCUCUCCAGCAACUGGUUAUAGAGAAAAUUAAAUUCAACUGCAUGCAGAGAGCUCAGUGCCUAGGAGCCAAUGUCAGCUCUGUGCAGAUACAAGGUGAUGCUGACUAUUUCAUCAACUAUCUUGGAGUUCCGACUGUGCAGUUUGCUUAUGAGGACAUCAAAACAUUAGAGGGUCCAAGUUUUCUCUCGGAAGCCAUUUUUCCUACACAUGCAACAAAAAUUGAAGAAGUGGAUCCAUCUUUCAGCCUCCAUGAAGCCAUUACUAAGCUCUCAGGAGAAGUAAUUUUACAAAUUGCCAGUGAACCAGUACUGCCCUUCAAUGCCCUCGAUAUAGCAUUAGGAGUUCAAAACAGCCUUAAAGAUAAUGAGCCUAGUGUUCCUCACCUGCUUGCCUUAGCAUCAAAACUGAGGGAAAGUGCAGAGCUCUUCCAGUCGGAUGAGAUGCGACCAGCUAAUGACCCAAAGGAGAGAGCUCCCAGCCGUGUCCGAAUGCUGAAUGACAUCCUUCAAGACCUGGAGAAGAACUUCCUGGUGCAGUGGGUACCACCAGGAUUUUAUAGAAAUAUCCUGUACCAUCUUGAUGAGAAGACAAACCAGUUUUCCAUUCUUAAGGAGGCUUGGGAGCACUGCAAUCCACAGACAUCAAAUGAGACUUUUCAAGAGGCCCUGUCCAAUGUGCUAAAUAGCAUUAAUUCAGCUCAUAUUUCCUUCAAAGCAGGACUGGAUGUGUUUGAAAGUGUCUUACUUGGAAAGAACUGAAAAAACGCUCAGACUUCUUCAAAAUUUGUUUACAAUUGUAACAGAAAAAGCUCUAAUUUGACCAGGUGUUUGUCUGUUUGUCUUGCUGUUUUUUAUUGUCACUGAAGACCUCCCUGAAGUUUAAAGCUAUUAUGCAAUGUAAUUUUUAAUGUAAAUGAGAGAGAACAUUUUGUACUUUUAAAAUAUUUUCUUAUAACUCCACUGGAGUAUGUAAUGCAAUUAUUGAAGUAAUACUUAUGAUUUCUCUAUUACAGAGAAAUAUGCCAUAUUUUUAGAAAUAAAAUGGUUUGAGGAGGUUAAGGUAUUCUUGGCGUUGUCACACUGUGGACAGAAUGUGGAGGAAUGCCAGUAUUCUCUCUGAUGAAACCUCCAGGAAAUUUAACGUAGACAUGGACACCUGAUAAGGUUUUAGAUAAUUUUGCAAGUAUCUGUUCAAUGUGAAGCCAUGAUUCAUUCUGAAUGAGUGAUUGAUGCCCAAAACCACUUCGAAUGUUUCUAUUUUAUAAAUGAAGUCUGUCUUCUUAGCACAACUAGAUGUAGUAAUGCACUGGUUAUGAAAUUGUAUUUUGUAAGAAAUAAUGAAAAAAAAAGCCAUAAACAUUCCAAGGGGGAAAUUCCCAAGAAACUAGAUGGAGCAAUUUAAAUGUAAAUUCUUCCCAAAGUGACACAUUUUGAAACCCUUAAAUUGCCUCAGUUGAUGCUACAUGAACUUCAGCAGUGAUGUACAUAGACAAGGAAGGGAAUAUUUCCUACUUUACUUUCUGUGCUUUUUGACAGAAUUACAGAAACAGGAACUGUGCUAAAGGAGUACCACACAUGGCUGUCCCUUCCUACAUCUUCCUCACAACCUCUUGCUCUAAUGUCACUUUAACAGAACACCAUAUAACUAUGAUGGAAAAAUGGCAAAACUUGUCUUUGAAAAUCCAAAAUAUCACCAAAUACAACUAAGUGUUGUUUUAUACAACUGGCAAAAUAAACCCUAUUAUAAAAUAUAUGUUUGUUUUGUCAACAAAUACUCUAAAUUCAGAAGGAAAAUGUAGCAUCUCCCGCUUUGUUAUCCUUUUUAGUGGCAAUGCUUUAUAGUAUUCCACUUACGCUAUCAAAAUUGGAGUGAUUUAAGGCCUGUUCUCACACAGUUCUCUCAUGUAGGAGAGGGGCUUUGUAUCUUGACUUUGUCAUCUAGUAGCUCCAGAAACUUUAUCCCUCUAAAGUGGAAGAUUGUGCCUAGUUGUGGACAAAUAAAACAUUUAUCCUACAUUUUUACAACAUAUUUGUUAAAAUAAUAAUUUUCUUGUAUUGAGUAAUGCAGUUUCCCUUUGGAAUAGACCAUGAGAAUAGUUCCCUAACUAUUUCAAUCCUGAAAAAAUUGCCAUUGCCAUCCUGUGGUCUUCCCUGUUUUUUUUUCUAAGUCUUUACUUCUUUAAGAUGAACAUAAAAGUAAGGUUAGUUAAAAAGGAAGCUAGAGUUGAGAGAAAAGAAUAAACCAUCAUUGGCUAAGUGAUUGGCAAGGACCAUCUCCCACCAUUAGUAAUAGUUGCUUUCUCAAAACAAUGAACUGAGGCAAUUAUGUAAUUAAUUUUACAAUUCAAGCAGAAGCACAUGUUUAUCUGAAGUGCCUAUGUACAAACAUCUUCAUAUGAUAAAUGAAAUACCUUGUAAUAUUUUAAUGCAUGUAUUUAAUGUAAUGAUUUUAACUGUACUUGCUUGAGAACCUUUUGCCACAUUGUUUAAUAUGUAUACGAAGGCAUUUAGAAGGUUUGGCCUGCCUACCCAGCACUGCCUCUUCUCCAUUAUCUGCAGAGAUCAGAAGAACAAAUGGGGUCAGAUAACCCAUACUGCAAGAGAGUCAAAACUUAUGUCAAAGAGUGUUUCAUACUGAAUCAAAGUAUGUGCAGUUCAUAGUAUGGAGUUGAAUUUGGUAGAAUAUCAUCUUAGAUCAAAUCUCUACAUUGUUUUAGUACAACAUUUCAAAAAAGGAUUGAGAACAGAAAAUUACCAUUUAGGAUUUUGUAAAGACUAUGUACAUAGGUAAAGAAAUUACAUAUGAAAUCUAUUUUUCUUCCUUCUAAAUUUAUUGUAUUUGUUCACUAAAAUACAGUUAACCUUUGGCUAGUAUAUUCUAUUAGGUCAUUUAAAAGCCUGUAUAAAGUGUUUAAAUUAGAUUUAAAACAUAUAUGCAUGAAUCAUGAAGAUGAUGCUUCAUGGUUUGAUUUUACCUAGCUCUGAUCUCUUACAGCAUUUAUCGUAACUCUGACAUGUUUGUCUCAAGACAUUUUCAGAUGUAUAACAUGUUAACUUGUUGCAGAACAUAGUAGACAUAAUCCUGAACAAGGUAGUGACAAGUGGUGUGUGAAUUGGUAUUACAUUCAAAUUGAUACAAUGUACUUCAUAUAGAAACAUGCCCAGGAGACAGAAAGUCAUAGAUAAUCCAUUUAACCCCCUCUCCCCCACAAAAUAAAACCUAUGCCAUGAGCCUGUAUCCAGGCUGAAUAUCUGGGUAUAUUACUCCUGAUCUGAGAGACAAAAGGGAGUCUGUCAACUAAGACCUAGGUCAAUGAUCUUGCUUUUAAUCAUAAAAUCACCACUAUACAAAUCAGAUGCAGUACUGGACCAAGAUGAAUGGAGAAAUGUGGACAUAAGCAUCUGUUCAGAGAGUGGCUAAAGCCACCUGGAUUGUCAGGUUCUCAAUAUUCUUGUCCAGCGUACACUGUCCUCCCUUUGAGAAGGCAGAACUAUUGAUGACCUUUCCAGAGAAUUAGUUGAAAGUAGCCACCAAGUCUGAUGCUGUUUUGAGCUGGGAACAGGAUUUUAAUGCCAGACCAGAUCCUAUGUUGAAUAUAAUUGACAAAAUGUUCCCAGAAUAUCAGAGCAAAUAGCACAAAGUCUGAGGAAUGAUUGUAUAUGAUGCCAGAAGUCAGAAAGAAGGAUGCUGAGCAAAAUAUAACAGAGGUAACUGUUACCUGGAAACAGCAACAGUGUUGGUUUGAAGUGUGAAACUUGAGGAAGGAGCCUUCAGAAUAUUUAUUCUCAGAUUUGAUUGCAUCUAGUUUAGUGAUUUCUAAUCAAUAUUAAUCCUGUAUCCUGAUAAUACAUCCUUUUGAAACUCAUUAAAGUAAAAGAAAAGGAAGCCAAAUUAAUGAGGAAUCCCAAAGAUUUCUCACAGUGAAUUCAUUAAAACUCCAAAUGGGGGACGGGAAAGAUGGUUCAGCAGAUAGGAACACUGGCAAUUUAACUGAGAAGACUUGCAUUCAGUACCAGCACCUGUCUGGGAGUACAUAAAUGCUUUCACUAAGGGAUUCAAUUCCCCACUCCUAGUCUUCAAAUAUAUCACAUACACACAUUCACAUAUUAACAAACCUCAAACAAAAUAUAGUAAAUACAAAGAUGACCUGUUACAUCUGUAAAAGAACUGUAAGGUGUAGCCGAAAUUUAUGCCAGCUACGGACUAGACAUGGCUUACUUUUGUUCCCCUUAGUUGACUAUACAGCAACUGAUUUAACAAGGAAGAACCCAGAUUUAAUGAGACAUCUUCAGAGUUUUCAGAUUAAUAAUGACAAUAAUAGUAAUGUAAUAAUAAUAAUAAUAAUAAUAAUAAUAAAUGUUGUGUUGUUUCUUUCUUCUCAGAGGGAUCCUGAAAUGUCACCAAGGCCUUCUUUAUACCAGGUGCUGCAGAGAGCAGGGUUUCUGUUUGAGAGCACAAUAUGAUGUAAGAUUUUGAGGUAGCUUAACACAUACAAGAAGCCACAGCUAGAUCACCAACAGCCUUGGCUAGGAGCCACUCAUCUGCAAAACACCUAAAAAGCAGCAUACGUAAUCUUCAAUAGCUAUAGUCCAUCUAAAAAAUGGUAUAUAUGUGUAAGUUUGAAAAUAUCUAAAAAAAUGAAAACUAAGCACAGAUAUACUAUCAGGACAACUAGGCUUCAAGUUGUGAAACCAAGUACAAUGCACUAAUCUCAUAAUUUCCUAUCCUGAAUGUUUGUACAAUUCAUUAAGAAAACAACAGGUGCACUGAUUUUGGAAUGAAGCUAUAUAUCAGACUCUAAACCUCAACUUCUUAAAUAAAUACAUAGCAUGUCACCAUUUUGUUUGCUAGAAAGAUAAGCUAUGCUUCAGACUCAGAAAAACAAAAUAUUUGUUACAAUUUUAUCCGUUGUGAGUCGGGAUCUUGCCUGAUUAAAAAAUAAAUUAUUUGCAGAAUAAAUUGGUAGAUGUAGUCACUAAUGUUCUCCAGAGACUCUCUGUGGUGUGUGUGAUUAAUUACUGAAAUAAUUAAGUUCUCCUUGAAGAUUACACAUUGCCAUCUCAUUGGUUUAACAUGUUACCAAAAUGUGACUUGGCAACACAUUUUUGUAAUAGAAAAGAAUUGCUUUAAACUGCCAAGACAUAUGCUGAGUAGAAGGGAAAUGUUUUUUGCAUAUUCCAAUAAAUUAUUUUCCAAUGUGUUAAUCUGCAAGCCUGGGAAUUUAACUUAGGCAUGGGGGAACAAGUAUUUGCUGAGCUAUGCUUUCAAACUCAGAACUCUUGCAUGAGUUUAAAUUGCUAACCAAAAAAAAAAAAAAAAGGCUCAUUUUUUUGAA